ACAGGUUUAUAUGUGGACCUCACAAGUGAGAAAAGAAGGUUUGGAUUACAGAGCUGUCAAUCAAUCACUCUGGUCUAGAUAUGGACCCACCAGGAAACGAGCAAACAGAUGGCUUGGUGUCUUGAGAAUGAAGCUUCCUCACCCACCCCCCACAAACCCCGAAAAUAAACCAUUGGUAAGAUACUAUAAGCUCCUUGGAUUUGUUUAAACUCCUCAUCCAGACUAAUGGAGAAUUCACCACAAUUUACUGCUGGUUCUUAAUCUUGUGCAUUAUCCAUUCUGAUUGAUUCUCGCCUCGAGAUUUUCAGGAUUUUCUGAUUGAUUACAUCACUUCUGGUGUGUAAGGAUACAAAGCGAUCCUUUUCGUAUUUUGAAAUUGCAUUAAGCAUAUCAUACGAUUACAGACAAACAAAGGUAUUUGACAAAUAUUUUGGUCUCAUAUUUGCAGAUGGGUUGAGCUCUAUUUUUGGGGUAGGCGUCUGAUCCUGUGGGCCUAAAGCUGUUGAGGGGACUGGGGACUUAUACUCAAGCAGGUGUCCCCACUGUCAUCUGUCUCACUUCUCAGGGGAACCACCAGCAGAUCAGCAGCAACCUUCUGACAAUAGAAGACGAGCAAUGAUGAACUUUAUUCUCAUCUAAAAAGCAUCAGCAGACGUACACAGGCUGGAUGGCACACUCUCACUGAGAGCAGAGAGACAGAAGGGAAUGACAGGACUGUCAUCUGUCUACAGAAAAUUAAAAAGCAAUUCAAGAGUUCCUGAUGGUUUCAACCUUUCGUUUAGCUUCACGUCGCUUUUCCUAGACAGAGGCACGUCUCUAAGUCUGUAGAGGAGGACUGGUCUCACUAAGGAUAGGAACCUCAUCCUGUAUCUUGAAACAAUUUGAACAUUCACGCCAGUAAGAAGAGUCCUGUGAGAUAAAAUCAGCAUGGGGAUGCGAGGUGUGCUACUGGCCUCUGUGGCAGUAGCCGUUUUAGUUCAUCUCUCUAGUGCUGGCCUGGUUAAAAAAGUAAUUAGACACAGAAGAGAAUCACUGUCACCAACCACUGAGAACUUGACCCUCCCAAGUCCUGACCAGCCUGUGGUUUUCAACCAUGUGUACAACAUCAACGUUCCCACUGGAUCCAUGUGCUCGGUGGACUUGGAUUCACCAGGAACAACCGAAAUGAAGCCAAAAUCGGAACAAUCUGACCAGCACAUAGAACACACCAUGGAUGGGGAGAAUCAGAUCGUUUUCACACAUAGGAUUAACAUUCCCAAGCAAGCUUGCGGUUGUGAUAACCACAUGCCUGACCUGAAGGACCUUCUGAACAGACUGGAAAUGCUGGAAGCAGAGGUAUCCAGUCUAAGGGAGCAGUGCACCAGUGGAACAAGCUGCUGUAGUGCUCAGGUUACAGGUGAAGUCACAACCAAACCCUACUGCAGUGGCCGUGGCAACUACAGCACUGAGACCUGCAGCUGUUUGUGUGAGCCCGGUUGGAAGGGAGUCAACUGCUCUGAGCCAGAGUGCCCGAAUUUCUGCCAGGAUCAAGGCCGUUGCGAGGAUGGAAAGUGUGUCUGCUUCGAGGGCUUCGGUGGGGAGGACUGCAGUAUCGAGCUGUGUCCUGUAGAUUGCGGUGAGAAUGGAGAUUGCAUCGACGGGGCUUGCCUCUGCGAGGAGGGCUUCAUCGGUCAAGACUGCAGUUUAACCAACUGCCUAAACAACUGCCUUGGCAGGGGGCGCUGUGUGGAUGACGAAUGUGUAUGCGAUGAACCUUGGACGGGGUUUGACUGCUCUGAGCUCAUCUGUCCUAACGACUGCUAUGACCGUGGCCGCUGUGACAAUGGAACCUGCUAUUGUGAUGAGGGCUUUACUGGGGAGGACUGUGGGGAGCUUACCUGCCCCAAAAACUGCAACCACCGUGGCAGGUGUGUCAAUGGACAGUGUGUCUGCAAUAUUGGGUACAGCGGAGAUGACUGCUCCAAGCUCACCUGUCUCAAUGACUGCAAUCAGAGAGGUCACUGCUUCAAUGGGAAGUGCAUAUGUGACCCCGGGUUCGAGGGCGAGGACUGCAGCAUUCUCUCCUGCCCCGACAACUGCAAUGACCGAGGACAGUGCGUCGAUGGUGAGUGUAUUUGUGAUUCUGGAUAUGAAGGUGACGACUGCUCAGAGCUUUCCUGCCCCAAUAACUGUCACGAUCAUGGUCGAUGCGUCAACGGGAAGUGCAUUUGCAAAGUGGGCUUUGCUGGAGAAGACUGCAACAUCAAGACCUGUCCCAAUGACUGCCAUGGACGAGGAGAGUGCAUAGACGGCAAGUGCAUUUGCCAUGAUGGCUUUGCUGGAGAACAUUGUGGUGUCAAGACCUGCCCCCAUCACUGCCAUGGACGUGGACAGUGUGUGGACGGCAAGUGUGUUUGCCACAAUGGCUUUGCUGGAGAAGACUGCAGCCUCAAAACCUGUCCCAAUCAUUGCCAUGGACGUGGACAGUGUGUAGAUGGCAAGUGUGUUUGCCACAAUGGCUUUGCUGGAGAAGACUGCAGCAUCAAAACCUGUCCCAAUCAUUGCCAUGGACGUGGACAGUGUGUAGAUGGCAAGUGCAUUUGCCAUGAUGGUUUUGCUGGGGAAGACUGCAAUAUCAAGACCUGCCCCAAUGACUGCAAUGACCGUGGACAGUGUGUGGAUGGCAAGUGUGUUUGCCACACUGGCUUUACAGGCCAUGACUGCAAUAUCAAGACCUGCCCCAAUGACUGCAAUGACCGUGGACAGUGUGUGGAUGGCAAGUGUGUUUGCCACACUGGCUUUACAGGCCAUGACUGCAAUAUCAAGACCUGCCCCAAUGACUGCAAUGACCGUGGACAGUGUGUGGAUGGCAAGUGUGUUUGCCACACUGGCUUUACAGGCCAUGACUGCAGCGAGUUGACAUGCCCCAGUGACUGCCAUAACCGAGGAUAUUGUGUAAAUGGCCAGUGCGUGUGUAACAGUGGGUUCACUGGGGAGGACUGUGGUACAAAGAUGUGUCCUAACAACUGUUUGGACCGUGGCUACUGUGAAGAUGGAAAAUGCAUCUGCUUUGAAGGCUACACUGGUGUGGAUUGCUCUGUUCUGACCUGCCCAGAAAACUGCAAUGACCAAGGCCAAUGCCUGAAUGGAAUGUGCAUAUGUGAUUUAGGCUUCACUGGCGACGACUGCUCUGAAAUCUCCCCACCCAGAGACCUUACAGUGACUGAAGUUGACCCCGAAACAGUGGACCUCGCCUGGGUCAAUGAGAUGCUUGUGACAGAGUAUCUUAUCACCUAUGCGCCUACGGCUCCUGGCGGUUUAGAGAUGGAAAUGAAAGUCUCUGGUGAAAAGAAGACAGCCACCAUUAGGGAGCUCGAGCCUGGUAUAGAGUACCUAAUCAGUGUCUUUGCUGUCCUGAACAGCAAGAUGAGUGUCCCUGUCAGUGCCAGAGUCGCCACACAUCUCCCUGAACCUGAGGGUCUGAAAUUCAAAUCGGUUAGAGAGACUUCAGUAGAGGUUGAGUGGGACCCCUUGAACAUCCCGUUUGAUAGCUGGAACCUCAUCUUCAGAAACACAAAAGAAGAGGAUGGAGAGAUUUUGAACUCUCUCACACCUCCUGAGACCACCUUUGAGCAGUCUGGUCUUGGACCUGGACAAGAGUAUGAAGUAAAGCUUGAGGUCGUAAAGAACAACACCCGCGGACACCCAUCCAGCAAGAACGUUGUCACAAUGAUUGAUGCUCCCAGCCAGGUGGAUGUGCGUGAUGUGACGGACACCACAGCCCUCGUCACCUGGUUUCAGCCUGUUGCUCAGGUGGAUGGGAUAUCUGUGUCCUAUGGCCCAAACACAGAUUCCUCAGACAGGAACACAGUCAAGCUUUCCUCCAUGGAUACCCAGUAUCAUCUGGCUGAGCUGUAUCCGGACACUGAGUAUGAGGUCUCUCUCAUGGCCCGCAGGGGAGAGAUGACCAGUUUUCCCGUCUAUGAGACCUUCACCACAGACCUGGAUGCCCCAAAGCACCUCAAGGCAGUUGAACAGACAGAUGAGAGUAUAACUCUGGAGUGGAAAAACAGCAGAGCCAACGUCCUGAAUUACCGUGUUAAAUACGGCCCACUUUCUGGAGGGGAGCAUGGAGAACUGGUCUUCCCCAGUGGCCCGCAAGACACCACUCAGGCUAAAAUCACUGGCCUUAGGCCCGGGACCGAGUAUGGAAUGGGAGUGACGUCCAUUAAGGAAGAGCGUGAGAGUUUGCCUGCAACUACCAAUGCUGUGACUGAUCUUGAUGCUCCCAAAGAGCUUCAAGUAAGUGAGACCACAGAGACCACACUGACACUUGUUUGGAGGAGGCCGGUCACCAAAAUCGACACCUAUGAGCUAGUGUUUGCAUCUGCGAUCGGCGAGAGAACUGAAUUGGAGGUAUCUGGUGCUGCCAAUACCUACAUCCUGAGUGAUCUGAACCCUGGCAUGCUGUACACCAUCAGCCUGACUGCCAAGAGAGGAAGAAAGAUGAGUGCGCCAGCCACCUUGUCAGCAUCCACAGAUGAUAAGAAGCCUCAGGUGGGAAACAUCACCAUCUCUAAUGUGUCCUGGGACAGCUUCAGUGUGUCCUGGGAGCUGGACAGAGGAGAGGUUGAGGGCUUUCUGAUUGAAGUGUCUGACCCAGAUGGCUUAUUUGAUGGCCAGAACCACACAUUAUCCAGUCAGGAUUUCAGCCUGGCUGUCACUGACCUCUCCCCUAGUACUUUCUACAGGGUCACACUGUAUGGGCUGUACAAGGGAGAUCUCUUAGAUCCUGUCUUUGCUGAAGCCAUCACAGAAGCUGAACCUGAAGUGGAGCACCUUUUGGUCUCGGACAUCACACCGCACAGCUUUAAACUGACAUGGACAGCACCGGAGGGCGUCUUUGAUACAUUCACCCUCAAAGUCGUCGAUUCUAAUGGACUGGGCCAACCCCAACAGAUUAGUGUAUCUGGAGACCAGCGAACAGGAGAAGUGACAGGUCUCAAUGAAGAUAUGGAGUAUGAAAUUGAGCUCUCUGGGAUCAUUUUGGGACGGAAAUUCCAGCCCAUUUUGGCUGUAGCUCGAACAGGCCUAGGUACACCCAAGGGGAUACGCUUUUCUGACGUGACUGAUACAUCGGCUACUGUUCACUGGACUAUGCCCCGUACUCAUGUAGACAGCUACCGGGUCACCUAUGUACCCGUUCAGGGUGGCAGCCCUAUGACACUGAGAGUAGAUGGAGGAGAGUCUCAAGCCAUGCUGCCUAAUCUGACCCCUGGAGUGUCAUACCAGGUCACUGUUAUCGCUGUGAAGGGCUUGGAGGAGAGUGAACCAGGAUCUGACAGGGUCACAACAGCCCUGGAUAAACCACACGGUCUGACAGCAGUCAACAUCACCGACACCGAAGCCCUGCUGCUGUGGCAGCCGUCCAUCGCUACUGUGGACGGAUAUGUCAUCACUUACAGCUCAGACAGUGUGGCUCCAGUGAUGGAAAGGGUGUCUGGGAACACUGUGGAGUUUGAGAUGAGCUCCCUCACACCCGCCACCUUAUACACCGUUAAAGUCUACGCAGUCCGAGAGGCAGCCAAGAGUGCUGCAACCACAACAGAGUUCACCACAGAUGUUGAUGCCCCUCAGAAUCUGGCUGCCAGUAAUAUUCAAACAGAGACUGCCAUGUUGACAUGGAAGCCACCAAGAGCAGACAUCAGUGGGUAUAUCCUCAGCUUUGAGUCGGCUGAUGGCAUGGUCAAGGAGGUUGUCCUAAGCCCCACAGCAACGUAUUACAGCAUGUCUCAGCUGACUGCCUCCACGGAAUACACAGUCAAACUGCAGGCCAUUGCUGGGCCAAAGAGAAGCAGAAUCAUUUCUACUGUCUUCACCACCAUUGGAGUGCUGUACAAGCAUCCUAAAGACUGCUCCCAGGCUCUGUUGAAUGGAGACACAGCCUCAGGCUUGUACACUAUUUAUGUGCGUGGAGAUGAGAGUCAGCCCCUGCAGGUCUCCUGCGAUAUGACCACUGAUGGAGGCGGCUGGAUUGUGUUUGUGAGACGGCAGAGCGGUAAAGUGGAGUUUUUCAGAAACUGGAAGAACUACACUGCAGGCUUUGGUGACCUGAACGAUGAAUUCUGGCUGGGUCUCUCUAACCUCCACAAAAUCACCUCCUCUGGGCAGUAUGAGCUGCGUGUGGACCUCAGAGAUAAGGGAGAGUCUGCAUAUGCACAAUAUGACAAGUUUUCAGUCUCUGAACCACGCAGUCGCUACAAAGUCCAUGUUGGAGGAUAUAGCGGCACUGCAGGUGACUCAAUGACGUACCACCACAGCCGUCCAUUCUCAACUUACGAUCAUGACAACGAUAUAGCUGUCACCAACUGUGCGUUGUCUUAUAAGGGAGCUUUCUGGUAUAAAAACUGUCAUCGAGUCAAUAUAAUGGGCCGAUACGGAGACAACAGUCACAGCAAGGGUGUAAACUGGUUCCACUGGAAGGGUCAUGAGCACUCCGUCGAGUUUGCAGAGAUGAAGAUCAGGCCCGCCAACUUCAGGAACUUUGAGGGAAGGAGAAAGCGAUCAUAAACCAGUGCGCUCCGGCUCCAACCAACCUACCCUCCUCUGCUGCCCAUUCUCCCCUUGUUCCUCCUGCAUCAUCUCAUCCCCUUCAUCUACCAAAGCCACUGCCAGGAGCCCAGCCUGCUCUCUACACUCUCCUACUCAUGGAGAACAAGAACAAAAAAAAGUCUUCAAAGCUAAAGUCCAUACACAGUCGUGUGUGUACCACUUCUGUUCAACAGUAAACCAAUAGACUCAUAGUGAAGUGUUUAACAUUACACACUGUGCCUGUACAUCAUAAGCACACCAAAGACAGACACUCAGUAACACCUAGAUAAUACAAUGGUGAAGGAGGGGAGAUUUUGAGUUUGGCUUGGUGCUUUCCAGUUAAAAAAAAAUAUAUAUAUUAUUCUUUCUGUAUAUCACAUACAGUUACAGUGGAGAGAGUUGAAUGUUUGUGUGUGGGAUUUUAUUUAAUGUUAUUGGAGCCUCUUCCCUAGGCUGUGGUUAGCCUCAAGAAUACUUUAUCCUUUAACUUCUCAAUUAGGGUGAGAAGUUUAAUGGCACAUGAUAACUCAGCAUUUAAUAUGCAGGACUGCAUAACAAUAUCUAGUGGGGAGGCUCAGAGAUCUUUUCAUCUCUUUCUAGCCUGUGUGUGAUAAAUCCAAGUACCCAUGCUCGCUCUCUCUCUCUCUCAGUCUUCUCUCUCCCACAACUCAUACUCAUCAGUUCUGAAGUCAAGUGGCACGUUUCUCGAACUGGUAUCUUUACAGUACUGCUAAGUGUUCAUUUAUAUGCACCUUUUGUCGUGUUUCCUGUACCCUAUAACUAUAUUGGCAUUCAGUCACAAAGCAUAAGAAUCUUGAUUUGUUGCUUGAUAUCCUCUAAAAGAUUUAAAUGAAACAAAGGUUAAGGCAGGACCUGUGUUCAAUCUUUGGAUUAAGUGAUACUUUGAUUGCCAGUAAUGGCCAGGUUUUUGAAAUUAUUGUAAACAUAGUCUUAUAUGAAAGUUCUGUUUGCAGAAAGAAUUAAUAUACAAAAUAAGUCUUCGUGUUUGCCCCUACCCUGCUAUCGACUAAACCACUGACCCAUACAAUACCUUUGUAAAUUAUGUCUCGUUUUGGUAUUUGAAUAUUUUUGUUUGUUUGUUUAUUAAAUGGGUGUACAACAGGUGUUUCUCUUACAAUAAAUCAGAUUUUGUUUAAUAAA